AUGGCUUCACAGACUCGACAACUCGCGAUCAAGACCGGCGUAGUCAACCGUACGGUCAAGGAGCUCCAGUCGUACCGUGCAGAGGCGGUCGAGCUGAAGAAGCGUGCGGAUGCGAUGGAAGCGGCAGGCGAGGACGAGUACGAGGUUCGACAGCAGCGUAAAGUGCAGGCGGAGAGCCAGCAGAUGAUCCCGGAUACCGAGAAGCGGUUAGCAAAAGCUGUCGCAGAGCUGGAGGAGCUUGUGGCGAGUACGGAAGACGAGCUGGCCGAGACGGACGAGUUCAGGAAGGCAGAGGCGGCGCUCAAGCUCGCCAAACCCGAGUAG